AGUUGUUUGUGGAGUGCGUGCGUUUGAUGGGUUACCAUUUAUGGUGAUUCAAGUAACAAGAAAACAUUGGUCAAACUUGUGAUGUUCUAAUAACAGAACGAUAGAAGAACUUCUAAUUAAAAAAAUGUUCGGCAGCUUGAGAUGGAUCAUAGCAAUAACAAUUGUCACAUCAUUAACAGAGGCGAAUUAUUCUCCUCCAGAAAGACUAACUGGAAUGAAUCCUUGUAUUAGCAAGCAAACAUGUCAUGAAUGCAUACAGACACCACAUUGUGCUUGGUGUGCUGCACCAAAAUUUUCUGAGAAGCGGUGCUUUUUACCAAACAUCAAUACCAAAAUAUUUGCAACAUGUCCAGCAGAAUAUACAUGGAAUCCAGACAAUGUUUUCAGUAUGAUAAGACAUCGAAAUUUAACAAAAGGUGGCUAUGCAAGUGGUGGUAGCAAUAGUUAUGAAUACUCAUAUACAAAUUCUAGCAUGUUUAGCUCUAGUUCACAGUCCAAUAGAGAAAGUAGUAGUAGUAGCAGCAGUGCCAGUAAUAGACGACAAGAAGCUGUGCAAAUUUGGCCACAAGAAGUUAAUUUAAAACUUAGAAUAAAUGAAGCACAUAGAAUGACUUUUGCCUAUUCACAAGCUGAAGAUUAUCCUGUUGAUUUGUAUUAUCUUAUGGAUCUGAGUAAAUCUAUGGAAGAUGACAAGAAAAAAUUAUCAGAUUUAGGUCAACUUUUAGUAGAGAGUAUGAGUAAAAUUACAAGUAAUUUUCGACUGGGUUUCGGCAGUUUUGUUGAUAAAGUUGUAAUGCCUUACGUUAAUACAAUGCCUAAGUCACUAAUAGAACCAUGUGAUGGGUGUGCAGCACCAUAUGGUUAUAAAAAUAUAAUGACAUUGUCUCAAGAUACUAGUCAUUUUGCAAACUUAGUGCGAAAUGCUUCAGUAUCUGGAAAUUUAGAUGCACCAGAAGGAGGAUUUGAUGCAAUAAUGCAAGCUAUAGCUUGUAGACGACAAAUUGGUUGGCGUGAAAAGGCUCGUAGACUUUUAGUAUUUUCUACAGAUGCUGGUUUUCACUAUGCAGGUGAUGGCAAAUUAGGUGGAAUUGUAAAACCGAACGACGGUGAAUGUCACUUGGAUCUUAGUGGUCUUUACACGCACUCAUCUUUACAAGAUUAUCCAAGUAUUUCUCAAAUUAAUUUAAAAGUGAAGCAAAAUGCUAUUAAUAUCAUAUGGGCUGUUACGGAAGAACAAAUAAACGUAUAUAAAAGACUGACUAAACAUGUAGAAGGAUCUUUUGCUGGUAAAUUGUCGGAUGACUCAAGUAACGUUGUAGAGUUAAUUCGUGAACAGUAUGAUGCAAUUUCAAGUUCAGUUGAAAUGAAAGACACAGCCAGUAGUGCCGUGAAAGUAAAAUAUUUUUCGAAAUGUUUGGGUACGGGACCACUUAUCGAAACUUCAAAAUGUGAUGGAUUAAAAGUUGGAACAAAAGUAGAAUUUACUGCGGAAAUUGAAGUCACGAGUUGUCCAGAGAAUAGAUCUGAAUGGAAUCAAAAAUUCGAUAUAUAUCCUGUCGGUAUCAAUGAAACGCUUACUGUAAAUUUAGAAAUGUUGUGUGAUUGUGAAUGCGAACGCGAAGGUGCUAUGUACGAACCAAAGUCAUCAGAAUGUAAUGGUGUAGGAACACUAAAAUGUGGUAUUUGUGAAUGUUACGAUGGAUUCUUCGGGAAACGUUGUGAAUGCAGUCCACAUCAAGAAAUGACAGGAUUCGAUAAGCAUUUUCAAUCUUGUAGGCCUGAUAACACUUCUCUUGUAGAUUGUUCAGGAAGAGGAACUUGUGCUUGUGGUCAGUGCGAAUGUGAAGAAAGAGAAAAUCCUGAAGAGAUAAUAUCAGGUCAUUUUUGUGAAUGCGACAAUUUUUCGUGUGACCGAGAUCAAGGUCAUUUGUGCUCGAACCACGGAACAUGUGAAUGCGGACAAUGUGUUUGCAAUGCAGGUUGGACUGGUCCAUCUUGCAAUUGUAGAUCUUCAAAUGAAACUUGUAUUGCACCAGGAACUACAAACGGAGUAUUAUGUUCAGGACAUGGAGACUGUAUUUGUGGUGAAUGUUUUUGUCAUGAAGAAGGAAACACUAGAUAUUCUGGAAAACAUUGUAACAAAUGCCCAACCUGUCCAAGCCGCUGUGAAGAAUUAAAGAACUGUGUAUUGUGUCAAAUGUAUGGUACUGGUAAUUUUACUGUCAAAGAAGAAUGCGCAAAAAAUUGCAAAGAAUUUGUGCCCGAACCAGUUGAUACAGUUAUACCAGAUGUUGACAAAGAUGAAGUUCUAUGCUUCGGUAUAGAUGAAGACGACUGCAAAUAUAAUUUUGUUUAUUAUUAUGAUGAAAUAAAUUGUCUACAAGUCCGAGCUCAAAAAGACAGGGAAUGUCCACCACAAGUUUAUAUGCUGGGUAUAGUAUUAGGUGUAAUAGCGGCUAUAGUUUUAAUUGGUCUUGCAUUAUUACUUUUAUGGAAACUAUUAACAACUAUACAUGAUAGAAGAGAAUUUGCAAGAUUUGAAAGGGAAAGAAUGAUGGCUAAAUGGGAUACGGGAGAGAAUCCAAUUUAUAAACAAGCAACUUCAACAUUUAAGAAUCCAACAUAUGCUGGAACAUGAAAACAGUAAGAG